GAGGGGGCGGUGCCGUGUCGGAAGUCAAAGGUCGGUAAAUAGUGGUGAUGUCAUGCUGGCAAGAUGGCGGAAGGGGAGGACGUGGGGUGGUGGCGGAGCUGGCUGCAGCAGAGCUACCAGGCAGUCAAAGAGAAGUCCACGGAAGCUUUGGAGUUCAUGAAGCGGGACCUGACAGAAUUUACCCAGGUGGUUCAGCAUGACACGGCCUGCACCAUAGCAGCCACAGCCAGUGUGGUCAAGGAGAAGCUGGCCACUGAAGGCUCCUCAGGAGCAACAGAAAAAGUGAAGAAGGGGUUAUCCGACUUCUUAGGGGUGAUCUCAGAUACCUUUGCCCCUUCUCCAGACAAAACCAUCGACUGUGAUGUCAUCACCCUGAUGGGUACACCCUCUGGCACAGCUGAGCCCUAUGACGGCACCAAGGCUCGCCUCUACAGUCUGCAGUCAGACCCAGCCACGUACUGCAACGAACCUGAUGGGCCCCCAGAAUUGUUUGAUGCCUGGCUUUCCGACUUCUGCUUGGAGGAGAAGAAAGGGGAGAUCUCAGAGCUCCUUGUAGGCAGCCCCUCCAUCCGAGCCCUCUACACCAAGAUGGUUCCAGCAGCUGUUUCCCAUUCGGAAUUCUGGCAUCGGUAUUUCUAUAAAGUCCACCAGCUUGAACAGGAGCAGGCCCGGAGGGAUGCCCUGAAGCAGCGGGCAGACCAGAGUAUCUCUGAAGAGCCUGGCUGGGAGGAGGAAGAAGAGGAGCUUGAAGGCAUUGUACCAUCUCCAAAAGAGGCAAAGAUUCCAAAAGAGACCAAAACUACUACAUCCCCUGAAGAUGAGCCUGCCCCCCAGAGCCCUUGUGAGGAGACUCCAGUGGAGCCCCCUGCAGAGGCCACCCCAUCUGAGAGCAGUGAGAGCAUCUCCCUGGUGACACAGGUUGCCAACCCUGCAGCUGCACUGGAGGCCUCAGAGCUACCUAAAGACCUGUCCCAAAAGCUGUUUGAGGCGUCGUUGGAAGAACAGAGUCUGGCUGAGGAUGAGGGUGAAACUGGACCCCCACCCCCACCUCCCUCCAAGCCUCUAACCCCUGCAGGCCGAGCCAGUGGCCCAGAACCCAGGCCUCCAGCCAGAGUAGAGACCCUGAGAGAGGAGGUGCCCACAGACUUAAGAGUGUUCGAGCUGAACUCAGAUAGUGGGAAGUCUACACCCUCCAACAAUGGCAAGAAAGGUAGGUCUGGAGGUCUGAGUGCAAGUGGAUGGAUGAGUGGGGCAAGCAAGAGCUGCCACCGUGGGUGUAGAUGGAUCUGUGUCUUCUAGGUAGGUCCUAGGAGC